UACUCGGUUAUACUAUGUAUUUAUUUUAGUUGCUCAUAAUAUAAACAAUUAACUAUUGCAAUUUGUAUUUUGUACCAGUUGCAGUAUAUUCAAAAAAAUUUUUGGUUAUAUCUGUUGCGCUCUGUGUUCAUUAUAAUUUAAAAUUAUAAAAGACAGCCUUACAAUUUCCCCUCAAAUUAUUAAAUAUAUCUAUAAUAAAUGAACAUGAACAUGAGAUCAUGUCAGAUUAUAAGAUUCUAUUCAUCCCAAAAAUCCAGGAGGAGGGUUGUUGUCACAGGACUGGGAGUAGUUUCCCCUUUGGGUUCAAGCAAGGAACUAGCAUGGCAAAAUUUAUUGAAAGGUCAUUCUGGUAUAGUUUCUUUGGGUGAUGAAUAUAACAAGUUGCCCUGUAGGGUGGCUGGUGUAGUGCCUAAGAAGGGAGAUAUUAUUUUAGAAAAAGCUUUAUCUAAAGCGAAUUUAAAGUCCAUGGCUCCUGCUACUUGUUUAGCUCUUGUUGCUUGUGCGGAAGCAUUGUCAGAUGCAAAGUGGUUGCCCCAAUCUGAAAAAGAUAGAGAAAAUACUGGAGUUGCUCUUGGAAUGGGAAUGAUUGAUCUAAAAGACGUCUGUGAUACUAAUAAUGCUCUACAGCUAGGGUAUAAUAAAGUGAGCCCAUUUUUUGUUCCUAGAAUAUUACCAAAUAUGGCUGCAGGUCAUGUUAGCAUAAAGUAUGGUUUAAGGGGUCCAAAUCAUGCAGUAUCAACUGCAUGUGCAACUGGGGCUCACUCUAUUGGUGAUGCUUUUAGAUUUAUUAGAAAUGGAGAUGUAGACGUAAUGGUAUGUGGAGGAGCAGAGUCAUGCAUUAGUCCUUUGGCCAUUGCAGGGUUUUGUCGUUUAAGAGCAUUAAGCACAUCAUUUAAUGAGCAACCCAAUAAAGCUUCAAGACCAUUUGACAAGGAUAGAGAUGGCUUUGUUAUGGGGGAAGGAGCAGCCAUAUUAAUUUUAGAAGAGUAUGAACAUGCAUUAAGGCGAAACGCUAAAAUGUAUGCUGAAAUUUUAGGUUAUGGGCUCUCAGGUGAUGCCUCUCAUAUAACUACACCAAGAGAAGAUGGAAGUGGUGCUAUACUUUCAAUGACUAGAGCUUUAAGAGAUGCAAAUAUUGAUAAAGAACAAGUGUCAUAUAUAAAUGCCCAUGCAACCUCCACACCUGUAGGAGAUAAUAUUGAAUCCACUGCUAUUAAAACUCUUUUUAAAAAUCAUGUAGAGAAUGUUUGCAUAUCAUCAACUAAAGGUGCUCAUGGUCAUUUAUUGGGUGCCGCUGGAAAUUUAGAGGCUCUUUUCACAAUUCUGUCUUGCUAUCAUAGUGUAAUGCCACCUACCAUAAACUUGGAGAAUCCCAUUGAUGACUUAAAUUAUGUAGCUCAUACCUCAAAAACAUGGAAUAGUGAAAAACGAGUUGCACUGAAAAAUUCAUUUGGCUUUGGGGGAACCAAUGCUACUUUGUGUAUAUCUAAUGUGAAUUAGGGAUUUUAAGAAUAAAACAUAAUACUUUAUUUAAUUAUAGUAUAUUUAAAACUGA